AGGGAAUCACUAGCGGAGUUGCGUUUGGAGAGAGGGAGGCACUAAAGGAAGAGAGAGAGCGAGAGAGAGAGUACGCGGAAAGGGCCAACAAAAAAAAGACGAGAAAGAAGAGAAGAGGAAAUAAAUCAGGACUAUCAUUUGUUUUGUCUACGUAACGUUAAGUUAUCUGUAGAAAACGGACAAGUCGACCGCUUUUCAUACGUUCAUACAACACCACGAGGACAGAAACGGGAGAACCGCAUGGAAUAUAUUCUCUUUGUACUCAACCGGAGAGGAGACUACAGCUGCUCUCUAGGCUUUGCCAUUCAUUUAUUUUUAUACACCGAAUUGUCAUAGUGUAAAUAGCUAAUUUGAUAGGCUAUUUUUGAUGGUGAUUUUGAUUUGGAAACCACGAAGUGAAUCUAAUGCCAUGCUCUUUAACAAGAAGGGAACAAUAGCGUAACAGAGACUUGACCAGGACUUCCAGGAUUUUCUUCAGCGGACCGACCAUGGCUGCGGUUACCAGCCCAGAGACGAGUCCUCAACCCCGGGUGUAUUUCCAGACGGCGGCCGCCGGUUCCACCGAAGAACCGGAGACCCCCGUUCGGAAGCAAGGGCGAGUAACCGUGAAAUAUGACCGGAAAGAACUGAGAAAGAGAUUGAAUCUGGAGGAAUGGAUAAUCGAUCAGCUAACGGAUCUGUACGACUGUGAGGAAGAGGCUAUACCAGAGUUGGAGAUAGAUGUGGAUGAGCUACUGGACAUGCCUAGUGAUGAUGACCGAGGAGCCAGAGUUAAAGAUCUCCUGAUAGACUGUUACAAACCUACUGAGGACUUUGUGUCUGAUCUGCUGGAUAAGAUACGUGGCAUGCAGAAACUCACCACCCCCCAGAAGAAAUAACCUCACCCCUCCCUCAAUUCUAUCCUCACCCUGCCCCCUCACCCCCAACCUCACCCAACUGAAGAAAUAGGAUCUUUGCCUCCUCAGAGAUGGCGGGAGGAGGAGGAGGAGGAGGAGGAGAGAGUGGAGUAGAGGGACGAAGAAAAAGUGAAGAGAGGGUGGAAGAGGAGGAGGAGAGAAGAUUGAAGCAGCCAAUCAGAUCUAAGCAGGGCUCAUGAUGUCCUAUCCUGUGGUUUUAUUUUUAUGUUUUAUUUAGUUGAAUCUUAUUUGUAGUUUUUUAAA